CAUAACAAUCCCGACGGCCGACGUGCGUUUUGAGGUUAUAAAACGUUGAUAACUUUUAUAAUUUUAAUAAUACUUUUAAGUUUUGUAUAAAAACAUGGUUAAAAAGAAAAUAGAUAAUCGUAUUCGUGUUAUGAUAGAGAAUGGAGUCAAACUUGGCCACCGAACCAUGAUACUCCUCGUUGGAGAUAAAAGCAGAGAUCAAGUUCCCAUAUUGUAUGAUAUGUUAGUCAAGUCUACAGUUAAAGCCAGACCUACAGUUCUAUGGUGUUAUAAAAAUAAAGAUGAAGCUAUAAGCAACCAUGGCCGUAAAAGAGCAAAAAAGAUAGCAGCAGGUAAACUGGAGGUCUCAGAAGAAUCACUAUUUGAUGCAUUUAGAGUAGCUACCACUAUCCACGGCAGAUAUUAUUCAGAGAGUCAUGCCAUGCUCGGUCAGACAUAUGGUGUUUGUGUGUUACAGGAUUUUGAAGCCUUAACUCCAAAUUUAAUGGCAAGAACAAUAGAAACUGUUGAAGGAGGUGGAUUGAUUAUAUUUUUAUUGAAAUCAAUGAACUCUCUAAGGCAAUUACAUUCCAUUACUAUGGAUGUUCAUCAGAGAUUCAAAACAGAAGCGCAUGACACAGUGGUAAAUAGAUUCAAUGAGAGGUUCCUCCUCUCUUUAGCAGAUAACCCUCGUUGCCUGGUACUGGAUGAUUCUCUCAAUGUACUGCCAAUAUCCUCAAAGACUGCUCAAGUUGAGGCAGUUGAUGCUGUGCCAGAGCGAGUAAACCCCAAGCUAACAGAUCUGGUGUCCUCUCUAUCAGACAGUCCUCCCGCUGGGCCACUUGUGGCAUUAUGUAGAACCUACGACCAGGCCUCUGCCCUUGUAGCGCUCAUCAAUACACUUGCAGAUAAGCAAUCCAGACCUCCCCACUGUCUCACAGCCAGUCGAGGUAGAGGGAAGUCAGCGUGCCUAGGGCUUGCUGUAGCCGCUGCCGUAGCACUAGGCUAUGUGAACGUCUAUGUCACUUCUCCCCACCCGGAGAACUUGAUAACUCUCUUUGAAUUCGUGUUAAAAGGACUAGAUGCCUGUCUAUACCAAGAACACAUAGACUACAACAUUGUACGGUCGACCAACCCAGACUUUAAGAAGGCAAUAGUGAGGAUCAAUAUUGCUAGGAAUUCUAGGCAGACUAUCCAGUACAUAACCCCAGACGACCACUCGCUGCUGUCGGCCGCGGACCUGGUGCUGGUGGACGAGGCGGCGGCGAUCCCGCUGGAGCACGUGGCGGCGGCGGCCGCGCGCGCGCCGCUGGCGCUGCUCGCCUCCACCGUGGCGGGCUACGAGGGCACCGGCCGCGCGCUCGCGCUCAAGCUGUUCACCAAGCUGCAGGCGGAGCACAAUGCGCCUCCACCGAUAAAGCUAGAGGAGCCAAUUCGUUACCGCGCCGGUGACGCCAUAGAGCGCUGGCUGAACUCCCUGCUGUGCCUGGAGGCGCCGCCCCCCAGCCCGGGCACGGGCGCUCCGCCCCCGGCCGCCUGCGAGCUGCUGCGGGUCAACAGGGACGCGCUCUUCUGCUAUCACAAGGCCGCCGAGGCGUUCCUACAUCGGCUAGUGGCUAUAUAUGUGGCUAGCCAUUAUAAGAACAGCCCCAACGACCUGCAGCUGCUGGCCGAUGCGCCGGCGCAUUGCCUGUUCGUGUUGCUCGCGCCGACGCCGCCCAGAGCCACGUCUAUGCCGGAAGUGCUGUGCGUCAUACAGUUGUGUCUGGAGGGCAGCUUGUCGGACAGAUCAGUGAAGGACAGUCUGGGCCGCGGUCGCAAGGCAGCCGGCGACCUCAUCCCGUGGAACAUUUGCGAACAGUUCGGGGAUAGGGACUUCCCCAAGCUAUCCGGGGCGAGGAUUGUGAGGAUUGCUACUCAUCCUUCGUAUCAACGGAUGGGUUACGGCAAGCGCGCGCUACAACAGCUGGCGGCUUAUUAUUCCGGAGACAUCCCGUGCUUGGACGAGACGCAGAGCGACGGUGAUGAGCAGACAGACGAACAGAACGACUCGCUCCAGACCGAGACUAUUGUUCCUAGAGCCAAGCCGCCGACAUUGCUGCGUCGCUUAACAGAAGUGAGGGCGGAACACCUAGAUUAUUUAGGUACCAGCUUUGGUCUUACUGAAGAUUUGCUCAAGUUCUGGAAAUCGCAGAAAUACGUGCCUGUUUAUUUGAGCCAGAAGGCGAACGAGCUGACCGGCGAGCACUCGUGCAUCAUGCUGCGAUCCAUCACCGGCGGCGACUGGCUGGCGGCCUACAGCCGCGACUUCCGCCAGCGGUUCUCGCGCCUGCUGGCCAGAUCCUUCCGCAAGCUGCCCGCUUCGCUCGCGCUGACUACGUUGCUGAAUGACAGCGUCAAGGUCGACAAGCCUGAGCUGAGCAGCGAGCUGAUAGCGCAGCAGCUGUCCGGGCACGACCUGGCACGCGUGGAGGCGUACAGCCGGCAGCAGGCCGAGCACCGGCUCGUGGCCGACCUGCUGGCGCCGCUCGCGCACCUCGUGUUCCACACCAGCGUUAGACUUAAGCUGGACGCUGUGCAGCAGGUGCUGUUUAUAGCUAUGGGCUUCCAAAUGAAAGAAGUAGACGACAUAGCGAGCGAGCUAGGUCUCCCGGGCUCGCAGAUUCUGGCCAAAUUCUACGAAGCCUGCAAGAAGAUUAACUCGGCUCUCAACGCAAUUUUAGAAAACACGGUGGCCAAAGAAAUCGGAAUAGAAGAUAAGACGGCAGAUGUGAAGACAGAAGGAAUAAAGCAGAGUCUGCAAGAAGAGUUGUCAAAGGCCGCGAAGGACUUAGAGAGAAAACAGCGGAAAGAGUUAUCCCGACUGAUGGGAGAAGAUCUAAGCCAGUACAGUAUAAAGGGCAGUGAUCUAGACUGGGGGAAAGCACUAAAUACCUCUUCGCAGAAACACCUAGUGUCCGUUAAGAGCGGAGAAAAGCGUCUCGGCGACGACAGCAAAGAGAUCGACGACUUGAUCGAGUCUCACGCUAACAAGAAGAAAAAGAAGAAACAUGUGCGAAAUAAAGUGUAAUAAAUAAAUC